AUGCUGCUGAAUUAUUCCUCAUCCCUCUCAGGAUAUGUUAAACUCUUGUUCCUGGCUGUAGCUGUCCUUGUGGUCCCGGAUCAGGCUUCCCCAGAUGGAUGGACCAGAAAGUGUGAUUAUGGAACUGGCAAUUGCAGGAAACAUUGCAAAGAAAGUGAGAAGAAGAAAGAAAAAUGUGGGUUAAGAAAGCUUUGCUGCAUCCCUAUAAGGCAUAAAUCAUCAAAACUUGCCAAAAGAGAAGAGACAAUACAUAGGGUUAUGAGCCAUCAUGACAAAGAAACACCCACUGCAGAAGUGUCCAGAAAACCACAACCAGGAGUACGCAAGUAUAAAGUGCCUGUCUGA